CCCGACUCUGGACUAGAACUAGUGACGACUCUCGGGGAUCCCAGAUGAUCAUCAGGAAUGGGAGGAGAUGAACUAGGCAUGUGGCCACACACUGGACUUUUGGUGAUAAGACGUUGAAUAUUUAGUAGAAAGUACUGAAGAGUCCUCAUAUGUUCUACUGUAGUGAGUGGGAUGAAGUGAUACACCUACUGAGAUUUGGAGUUUACCACCCGCUGGGAUACUCUCCUUGAAGAAUCCGGAAUAAUUCCAGACAAAGAAAAGUCUUCAUUGUAAGUUGUUACCUUGGAAAACGGCUCAUUUCUGGAUCUCGGCUCUAAUCACACAGACGGCGCCCAGCAGAACUGAUAAGCUAAAGGACAAAAUCAAUACCUGGGGAAAUCUGAGCUCACCACUCCGUAACCAUGGAUGAGGAAAUAGAGAUAGCAGACGAGAAAGACUGGAGGGAGCUUGAACCCAACUACCCCGUCAAAAUCUUCCUGACAGUCAUUUACAGCCUCAUCCUGGUGACGGGUAUCGUGGGUAAUUCGGUCACCAUCAGAGUGACGCAAGUGCUGAAGCGCAACGGCUACCUGCAGAAGAACGUCACCAACCACAUGGUUAGCCUGGCGUGCUCGGACUUGUUGGUGCUGCUCAUCGGCAUGCCGGUGGAGCUCUACAGCGCCACCUGGUUCCCGUUCGCGUCCGCAGGAGGGAACACUUCCUGUAAGAUCUACAACUUCCUGUUCGAGGCCUGCAGCUAUGCCACCAUCCUCAACGUGGCCACGCUUAGCUUUGAGCGCUACGUGGCUAUCUGUCACCCGUUUCGCUACAAAGCCUUGGGUGGAAAACGUACCUCCGCCCUCAUCACCUUCGCCUGGCUGGUGUCCGUGCUUGUGGCCCUGCCAUUGCUGGUUGCCACGGGAACGCAGGGACACAUUCCCUCCCGGGCAGACACACCCGUCCAGAAUCUGACUUUCUGUACAAAUCUGAGGGAGCGCUGGGUGAUGUACAGGGCCAGCAUCUUUGUGGCUUUCGUCAUUUACAUAGUCGUGUUGAUCUGUGUGGCCAUCAUGUGCCGGGCCAUGGUCCUCGUCCUGCGGAAACCUUUAGCAUCCGUGGAUGCCGGCAUCAAGGGAGCUCAAAGAGCACCCAAGCAUGAAAGUUCAAAGGUCAAGACAGCCAGGAAGCAGACCAUCAUUUUUCUUGGUCUCAUCGUGGGAUCCUUGAUGGUGUGCUGGCUUCCCAACCAGAUUCGUCGUCUUAUGGUGGCUGCCGUGCCCAAGUCCCGCUGGACUACUUCCUACUUCCGGAGCUACGUCACUCUCCACCCUGUGGCCGACACCUUCUUUUACCUCAGCUCCGUCCUCAACCCGUUCCUCUACAACCUGUCCUCCAGACAGUUCAGAGAGGUUUUUCUCCAGGUGCUGCGGUGCCGCCUCACCAUCGAACACAUCAACAAGCGCAACGUGCGGAGAGCCAACACUGCCUCUGCGCGCUCCUUCCAGCCCCUGCUGAAGUCGUUGCGUCGCACCAGGGCGAACCGCCCCACCCUUGCGCAAGAGAAAACGCCUCCCACCUUUACAACCUUUCAAAGUCAAAGUGACUCAGGAGUGGCUUCAAAUACUCAGACGUCUCUCAGCCUGACUGAAGAGUCUCAUUCAAUUCUCAAAAUAAAAGAUGUACCAUCAGAGACUGAAAUAUAAUGUGCUGUACAAUUUAAUGCAACACAGUGAACAGUAAAAACAAACCUGCUUGUUCUGUGCCAUCGGAAACAAAUAUAGAGAUAUUCCUUAUACACAGUUUACACAGUACAAAGUGUCAAAUCAAUCAAGAAUUUCAUUAACAGAUCACGCUCAGCUGACAAUUUGGCACAAUUGCAAGUUCACGGGACUCCUCAAGUGUGAAAUUGUUAUCAAGUCAGAAAAUGAUUGUUCAUUUCUGCUGAAGCUGAAAUAUUCAGUUAAGCAUGAAGACCUCACAGUUAAAGUUAAAGGUACCCAGCAGAAUUUUUGACCACUAGUGGUGCUAUGGAGCACUGUUUUGGUGUGUGGCUCCUCGCAAUGUUUGCAUGUCCUGUACAGACGUCACACAAGGACAAAUAUGUAAACUCAUAAGCACGUGAGUGACACAUUAUACUUUCCUGUUGACUGCAGAGGGCUAAAUUGCAAAUGUGCAACAAGCCCCCAGGAACAGCAGCGAACUCUAAGAUUUUGGCUUACACCGUGUCCUAACUGGAUGUGACGCGAGCGAGCGUCAGCAACAAAAUCAGCUUGGUUACAUUGUUUUCUAUUGGAGUGCCCUAUACUGCUGCUGCGCGACGUUUUAAGCUGAGCUUUUUUCGGAUGCCCUGUUCCUAUUUUUGUCUGUCGCUCGCGUUUAGUUUAGAUAAAAUGAGCCGUCAGUGCCGCCGACAGCGGGAGAAAACCAGGUCGAUUGUCCUGUAUGUAAAUGAGGAUAUUAACUUGAUUAUUGCCACUUUGUGCACAAGCAUGGACGCUCGCAGUUAUAUGCGUAACGUCCACCAGAGAAAAACUAUUUCAGUUACCAGGUGUCAAGACAUAUAACAGCCACCUCACUAAUGGUUAAAACAAAACACUGAAGAACUCUGAGAAAACACACCCUAACACAGGGAGAACAUACAAACCAGAUUUGAACCUGCGACCUUCUUACUGUGAGGCAACAGUACUAACCACUGCACCACUGUGCUGCCUGCCUAGAUCCAUUAAAUUUCAAAAUUCAAGAAAAGCAGUAAACAAGUAAAUCAUUUUUGGGAGCCAGCAGGAAAGGCACUAGCCCGAGUAAGCCAUAACACUUUUUUCGUGUAUGCACCCAGUGAGCAACUUUCAUUGGAAUGAACUAUGGAAUGCUUUGCCUUGAACAACCAAUCAGAUGUUCCGAUGACGUAAAUGCCCGAAUGUACAUGAGGUUGAUAUAUUGACUU